GUGGUAUCUUGAUCUCGCGUCAUUCACGCCCGCCCUUUUGAGGAUCAAAAGAGAAACCCUCGAGAUUUUUGAAAUUCGAGAUUUUUCAGCGCGAAUGCUGCGAUUCAAUCCCUAUUUUCGACUAUUUUAGUGGAUUUCCUGGUUUCAAUCGAAGAGAGCCACCGAUCGUUUUGUAGGUAUCGAUGGUGGAAAUCUUCUCUUCGAGUGGGAGAUUUCACAUCCAUGGUCACCGGCGGUGGCUGACUGGGAGGAUCCCGGCCCACCGGGCGUUUCUUAUCGUGCUCUGGAUCGUGGGAUUCUUUUUGGUGUUUAUAUGGCAGCGGAGCUCGGUGAGCGACAGCGGAGCACGGAUGAAUUUCUGGCUUCGUGCACCACUGUAUCCGGUGCCAAAGCUCCGGCCGACAGCGUUCAAUUUAACGGAUUUCGGGGGAGUUGGAGAUGGAGUUACCCUUAAUACUGAGGCCUUUGUGAGGGCGGUGGCGCAAAUAGCGACUCUUGGGAGUCAGGGCGGCGGGCAGCUGAACGUGCAGCCUGGGUUUUGGCUCACGGCCCCUUUCAAUCUCACCAGCCAUAUGACCUUGUUCUUGGCCGAAGGGGCUGUUAUUCUUGGAAUUCAGGACGAGAAUUACUGGCCAUUGAUGCCUGCACUGCCAUCUUAUGGAUCUGGAAGGGAACAAGGGGGACCUUGUUAUGCUAGUCUGAUUCAUGGUCAAAACCUCAAGGAUGUGGUAAUAACAGGACACAAUGGUACAAUACAUGGGCAAGGCCAAUCAUGGUGGACAAAGUUUAAACAAAAGCUUCUCAGGCAUACAAGAGGCCCCCUUGUACAGCUCAUGUGGUCCAGAGACAUUGUUAUUUCCAAUAUAACACUACGUGAUUCUCCUUUCUGGACCCUUCAUCCCUAUGAUUGCAAGAAUGUAACUAUUUCAGAUGUCACCAUCUUGGCCCCUGUCUCUGGGGCUCCCAACACAGAUGGAAUAGAUCCAGAUUCUUGUGAGGAUGUGGUGAUUGAGAAUUGUUACAUAUGCGUGGGAGAUGAUGGAAUAGCAAUAAAGAGUGGCUGGGAUCAAUAUGGAAUUAAAUAUGCGAAGCCAUCUGCCAACAUUUUAAUUCGCAAUGUCAUAGUUCGUUCUGUGGUCAGUGCUGGAGUCUCAAUAGGCAGCGAGAUGUCUGGAGGAGUUUCAAAUGUCACAAUCGAGAACCUUCAUGUCUGGGAAUCUAGACGUGGGGUGAGGAUUAAAACUGCACCAGGGAGAGGCGGCUACGUGCGAGACAUCUCAUACAACAACCUCACAUUUGACAAUGUACGUGUCGGAAUUGUCAUCAAGACUGACUACAACGAACAUCCAGAUGAAGGCUUUGAUCCCAAAGCUCUACCUACAAUUGAGAGGAUUAACUUUAAAGGCAUCCACGGCCAGGGGGUUCGCGUCCCAGUCAGGAUCCAUGGCAGUGAAGAAAUCCCAGUGAAGAACAUCAGCUUCAAGGACAUGUCAGUAGGCAUAACAUACAAAAAGAAGCAUAUAUUCCAAUGCUCCUUUGUCCAAGGCCGCACAAUUGGUUCUAUUUUCCCUUCACCAUGUGAAAACCUGGACAGAUACGAUGAACAAGGGAACCUGGUGAAGCACUCUGUCUCGCAGAACAAUACUGACGUUGACUAUGAUUUCUGAGAGAAAUUCUUUUGUUCUUUAUUACAAGAAGUCCGGGACACAGAGCAAUACUAUCAAUAUAUAUUUUCUUCUGUUGUAGUUGUUGUAGGAAUUGCUGUUGUUGUUGUUCAUUCACUUGAGAUAUGUACAUAUAGCAAGACAUUUUCUCAGUUAUAUUGUAACAAAAAAAAUUGUUUGGCAAAACCUUUUCUUAAUGAUAAUGGCAGGUUUUAGUUUUAAAGCAAA